CUUACCAUUGCCCUAACUAUACCAUGGAAUACCAUCUCUUCUCCAUCUCUCUCUCUCUCUUCUGGUCUUCAAUACCAUCAGGGAAUGAAAUGGACCCAUCCCACCUACCCUUUUGAAGUGGAAACAAAGAAGAAAGAAACCCACAAAAAAAAAACCAAACCCUGGGGGCUUUUCUCUCUUCUGUUUCUUUUUCCCCAACCUCACCGAUCCCCUGGUGCUGCACAGCAACAAUAUGCUGCUUGUUUUGCUUUCAACUUCUCAUUUUUUACUCUGUUUUUUCAUCACAGUAGCUUCUUCUACUGCUCCUGCAUCAAAUUUGCCUGCACCACCUGAUGCUACAGCUCUUCUUGCCUUCAAAUAUAAAGCGGACCUGAACAAAAACCUUCCAUUUUCUCAAAACACAACCUUCCAUUUCUGUCAAUGGCCAGGAGUCAAAUGCUUUCAACAAAAAAUCAUCCGCCUAGUUCUCCGAGACUCAGAUCUUGGUGGCAUUUUCGCUCCCAAAACUUUAACUUUCCUCGACCAGCUCCGUGUCCUUGGUCUCCAAAACAACUCCUUAACCGGACCCAUCCCUUACGACCUCUCCAAACUUACCAAUCUCAAAUCACUUUUUCUUGAUCACAAUUCCUUCUCGGGCUCUUUCCCUCCUCCACUUCUUUCCCUUCACAGGCUCCGCACUCUAGAUUUAUCCCAUAACAAUCUCUCCGGUCCUAUUCCCUCUGCUUUAAUCUCUCUAGACCGGUUGUACUAUCUUCGUCUUGACAGGAACCUGUUCAAUGGCUCCAUCCCUCCAUUAAACCAAUCCUCUCUUUUAACUCUCAACGUUUCUUUCAACAAUCUUAGUGGUGCAAUCCCAGUGACACCUACAUUACUUCGUUUUGAUCUUUCCUCCUUUUCAUCAAAUCCUAGCCUUUGUGGAAAGAUUAUACACAAAGAAUGCCACCCCGCUUCCCCAUUUUUCGGCCCAUCUCCAGCGGCAGUGACGGUGGCUCCACCGCCGGCCGUUGUAGUUAGUCAAAACCAGGCAUUACAAGGCGUUGACUUGGCACAGAGCGGUCAAAAAACGAAGCACAAGAAAAAUGUUUUGAUCAUUGGGUUUUCAUCAGGUGCAUUUGUUCUCCUUGGUUCGGUUAUUUGUUUUGUCAUCGCUGCCAAGAAACAGAAAACACAAAAGAAAUCGACGGCUGCGACUGCCUCUGCUGGGAUUAUUGGACCCACCGCAGAAUCAGUGGCUGUGAUGCAGAUAGAUCGACAAGAGAAUGAGUUAGAAGAGAAAGUGAAGAGAGUGCAAGGGCUGCAUGUGGGCAAGAGUGGGAGUUUAGCAUUCUGUGCGGGUGAGGCACAUCUUUAUUCGUUGGAUCAGCUAAUGAGAGCCUCAGCUGAGUUGCUAGGGAGAGGAACCAUGGGGACCACUUAUAAAGCAGUGUUGGACAACCGUCUGAUUGUGUGUGUAAAGCGGCUUGAUGCAAGUAAAUUAUCGGAUGGAAGCAAAGAGGUUUUCGAACCACACAUGGAAUCAGUUGGCGGACUUAGGCACCCUAACUUGGUGCCUCUUAGGGCUUAUUUUCAAGCUCGAGAGGAAAGGCUUCUAAUCUAUGAUUACCAGCCCAAUGGCAGUCUCUUCUCCCUAAUUCAUGGUUCAAAAUCAACAAGAGCAAAACCACUACAUUGGACAUCAUGUCUUAAAAUAGCAGAGGAUGUAGCCCGAGGCCUUUCUUAUAUCCACCAAGCAUGGAGGCUUGUCCAUGGAAAUCUCAAGUCUUCUAAUGUCCUUCUUGGCCCAGAUUUUGAGGCAUGUGUGAGUGACUAUUGCCUUGCCGUUCUUGCCAAUUCACCGAUUGAUGAUGAGGAUGACCCCGAUGCAUCGGCUUACAAAGCCCCAGAAACUCGCAGUUCGAGUCAACAGGCAACUUCCAAGUCUGAUGUUUAUGCAUUUGGAGUAUUAUUACUCGAGCUCAUAACUGGCAAGCCUCCAUCACUGCUGCCUCUCCCACAAGAUGUGGUAAAUUGGGUUAGGUCUACUAGGGGCAAUCAUCAAGACGAUGGUGCUGGAGAAGAUAAUAGGCUAGAAAUGCUUCUUGAGGUGGCUAUUGCUUGUAGCUUGACCUCACCUGAGCAGAGGCCCACUAUGUGGCAAGUCUUGAAGAUGUUACAGGAAAUUAAAGAGACUGUUUUGCUAGAGGAUAGUGAAUUAGACCUGCAAACUGGGAUGCCCUAAUCCUAGUUUAUUACCGUACCUCAACACUAAUGAAUGAACGAAUAGAGUAGAGAAAUAGAUGAUGCUAUAACAUAUGCAAUAUAUGCUAGUUCCUUCUCA